AUGGCAGCGAGUCGGCCCCAGGCCUAUGGGCAGAUCACGCUGUCGCUGCAGCACUGUAUUGAUCUCACGCUGCAGGAUAUCGGCAGCCAUCACCGCCCGCAGGCGUACGUGAAGAUUAGCCAGAUCGCGCUGCAGGCGUCCAUGUACACGUCGUCGGCGCUGCAGUGGCUCAACGUGCGCACGACGAUGGGCCUGACGGGCGCGGCGAAUGCGCCGCCCCAGACCAUAUCGACGCUGUCUGCGCAUGUGAGCGACCUCACGCAGCUGGCUCUGGACGCCGUCGCCGCGCAGGCGGGCGCGAGCCGAGUCGAGCUGCUCCUCGCGUCGCCGCCGUCGGUGCUGUCUGCGACGCAGCGCGCCGAGAGCGGCCACACGCUGCGCUUCGUCGAUGCGAGCGACGACCAGCCAUGGUACCCCAGUGCGAGCUACCCCGUCGCCGUGCUCGCGCUGCUCACUCACAUCUUCUCGUGCCUGGUGCACAUCUCGAUGCAGGACUCGCGCGUGCUGGCGCGUGUGUCGUGCUCGGAGCAGCUGAACGAGUCGUCCGUCGACGUGUUCUUCGAUGCGACUGUGCCCAGCAACGAGACCGCGUGGCCUGCGUGGCUCGGGCCGUACGCGGACCUGCAGAGUGUGCUGGACGAGUUUGGCGUGCACCUCUCGCAGUCGUCGUGCGACGAGGCGGCGCUUGCGGCUGCCGGCGACGACCUGCUCAUGGCGCCGUUCCUGCAGGCAUCGAACGUCUGCUGCCUGCGCAUCACUCUGCGCCGCCCGGGCGCGCCGGACCUGCUUACGACCGACCCGAACCGGGAGCGCGACCUGCCGUGCGUUCUGCCGGGCGUGAGCGUUCUACACGUGCUCGAGGUGAUGCCCCUCCUCCGCGUGUGCGUCCUGCCCAAGACCGAUGCCCUGAACUCGCUGCUGCGCACGUACCUGCGCGAGUGGGGCAUGCCGGUCGUCGCGCUCGACGAGAGCCCCGAUGUGGUCGUGGUGCACAACGACACGGACGUGUGCUUCAAUGCGCGCGAGCGGCGCCUGCCGUGCAUGUUCAUUUCGCCGUACGGUGCCGUGUCGAUCUGCUCGCUGCCGGCCGGCACGAGUGCGUUCCCGGAGCCCGUCGGCCGCCCGCGCUUCGUCUAUGCGCUGAUCGCCGUCGCGCUCAAAGGCCGGCUUCCCGUGCGCUCCGACUCGGCCGUCGUCGAGACGCCGGCGGCGGCGCUGCCGCCCGCCGGCUCGGCGGACGUGUCGGCUGUGGCUACGCCGCAUGCCGUGGACCCCGCGCGCGAUGCGCCGCUGGUGCCGGAGGCGCCGGCGGCGCACUCGCCGGCCGGCGCGCCGAGCGUACCCGCCGCCGGCACCGACGCCGAUGGCGCCGCGCUUCCGACACCGAUCGAUGCCCUGGCGAUGCCGGGCGGGCUGGACGUGGUCUCGCCGAAGGACACGACGACGGCGUCGCCUGUGGUGGACGAUGGCGACGACUACUUUGCGCAGGCCGUCUCGCGCCUUGCGACGCAGGCCAACACCGGUGGCGGGCGCCUCGUGCGUGGCGCCGAUGGCCGGCUGGCUGGACUCUACUUCCAGCCGCGCAAGACGCCGCCGACAGGGUCGCCGAUGCUGGGCUCGGCGGAGAGUGCCGAGCCGGUGCGGACGCCCGUGUCGGCCGCGCCGACGACGCUGUCGUUCGGACCGCUGCGCACGCGACGCAUUACGCGGCCCGGCGCGCCGACGUCGAUCCGGCUCCCGCCGCCGCCGCGGGUGGACUUUGCGAUCCGCGCGGCGCCGACGCCGUACACGCAGCUGCCGGCGCGCCACUCGGUGCGGACGUCGGCGCAGCCGCAGCCGGGCGUGAUGAUCGGCCCGCAGGCGGCGCCGAUGCUGGGGCGGCGCGGGAGUGACCAGAGCUCGCCGUCGCCGCUGUCGCCGCGCGCGCUGUCGCGCAUCCAGAAGCGCAAGCUGGCCCUGCGCGAAGAGUUUCUGCCGCCGGUCAAGGUGCUGAUUGUGGAGGACAAUGUGAUCAACCAGCGGAUUCUCGCGACGUUCUUGCAGCGCAAGCACAUUGCGUACGAGAUGGCGUCGGACGGGCGCGAGGCCGUAGAGAAGUGGCGGCGCGGCGACUUUCAUCUGAUCCUCAUGGACAUCCAGCUGCCUGUGAUGGACGGCAUCGAGGCGACGAAGGAGAUCCGGCGCCUGGAGCAGGCUCUGCAGUCGUCGCGCGGCCGCACGGAUGCGCCGAUGCCGCCGGUGAUGGCCGCGCGGCACUCGGUGAUCAUUGUGGCGCUGACCGCGUCGGUGCUCAUUUCCGACCGUGUCGAGGCGCUGGCGGCCGGCUGCAACGACUUCCUCAACAAGCCCGUGAGCCUGCCGUGGCUGCAGCGGAAAAUCCUCGAGUGGGGCAGCAUGCAGUACCUGCUGCAUGCCGGACUCUCGUCGUGGGUGAGCGAGCCGAGCCUGCACACGUUCGAGCAGCAGGUCGACGAGCAGGCGCAGCGCCUCGCGAGCACCAUACAGUUGGAGCCGCCGCGUGCGACGUCCUAG